CCGUUUUGGUUCCGGGGCAGCGGUGCCGCCGCGAGUCCUUCCUGCGGGCGGGGAGGGGCGGAGGCGGCGCAGCCCCGGCCCCGCAGGGCAGCCCCCGGCCCGCGGCCCCGCAGCAUGUGAGCCCGGCGGGGCGGGGAUGCUCUGGCUGCUCUGCGGCCCCUCCCGCGCCAUGGAGAGCCACCAGGUGCUGGUGAUCCGCAUCAAGAUCCCCGACGGCGGUGCCGUGGACUGGACCGUGCACUCGGCACCUCAGCUGCUCUUCAGGGACGUGCUGGAUGUCAUCGGUCAAGUUCUGCCAGAUGCAACGACAACAGCGUUUGAGUAUGAAGAUGAGGACGGCGAUCGGAUUACUGUCAGAAGCGAUGAAGAAAUGAAAGCCAUGCUGUCCUAUUAUUACUCCACUGUAAUGGAACAGCAAGUAAAUGGACAGUUAAUAGAGCCUCUCCAGAUAUAUCCAAGAGCCUGCAAGCCUCCUGGGAAACGGAACAUACAUGGCCUGAAGGUAAAUACGCGAGCGGGGUCUGCUAAUAAUAGCAGUUCCGCAGUCUCGGAUUCCCUUCCAAGCGAUAGCUUAAAAAAGUCUUCUGCAGAGCUGAAGAAGAUACUUGCUAAUGGCCAGAUGAAUGAACAAGACAUACAGUAUCGAGACAUCCUCGGUCACGGCAAUGGAGGCACGGUCUACAAGGCAUACCAUGUCCCUAGUGGGAAAAUCCUGGCAGUAAAGGUCAUACCCUUGGAUAUAACGCUGGAGCUCCAGAAACAGAUCAUGUCAGAGUUGGAGAUUCUUUAUAAGUGCGACUCGUCAUAUAUCAUAGGAUUUUAUGGUGCUUUUUUUGUAGAAAACAGAAUUUCAUUGUGUACAGAGUUCAUGGAUGGGGGUUCUUUGGAUGUUUAUAGAAAAAUUCCGGAGCACGUACUGGGAAGAAUAGCAGUAGCUGUUGUGAAAGGCCUUACGUACUUGUGGAGUCUAAAGAUUUUACACAGAGACGUGAAGCCGUCCAACAUGCUGGUGAACACGCGAGGGCAGGUGAAGCUGUGUGACUUCGGGGUGAGCACCCAGCUGGUGAAUUCUAUAGCCAAGACGUAUGUCGGAACAAAUGCUUACAUGGCGCCCGAACGGAUUUCGGGAGAACAAUACGGGAUUCAUUCGGACGUUUGGAGCUUAGGGAUUUCCUUCAUGGAGCUUGCUCUUGGGAGGUUUCCAUAUCCUCAGAUUCAGAAAAACCAGGGAUCUUUAAUGCCUCUCCAGUUAUUGCAGUGCAUUGUUGAUGAGGAGUCGCCCGUCCUUCCAGCCGGGGAGUUCUCGGAGCCAUUUGUACACUUCAUCACUCAAUGGGCCACCCGUUCAUCGUGCAGUACGACGACGGCCACGCGGAGGUGGUGUCCAUGUGGGUGUGCAGGACGCUGGAGGAGCGGCGCUCGGCCCAGGGCGCACCGUGAGCUGCUAGGACCCCAGGACAGAGCUUCGGGCUCCCACCCAUCCGGGUCCUAUUGUGCUAAAAAUCAACAAAAUCCCUCGGGAUCUUUGUUGUUGCCUUCCUCCCUCCCGCGCAGGCACGUUAAGGAAUUCCCUUCACACAUUUCUCUCGUUUAAUGUCCUCAAAUUAAUCUUCAGUUAAACUGUACACAGCCUUAAAGCGAGUAUUUUAUAUCUCUAUUUUUUUGUUAUUGAAUGUAUUGUAUAUUUCGUG